ACCACCCCGCGCGAUGGCCAACACGACAGAGGACGUCACAAUAGUGCAGGAGUACUUCCCGGCCCUGCGGCGCGUACGGGUCAUGCAUUGUGGAGAGCUCAUGGAGUUGCUGGACUCUGGCCGAGGCCGUCUUGCCGGAAGGUUCCGCUACGUCCCACCCGCCGUGAAACACUCCUUCAGGCUGUCCCCUGGCCGGGGAGUGCAGCUGUGGGUGAGGGAGUGGCCACCCCACUCCCUCUACUGCCCCCCCGAGCCGUGCACCGAUGCCAUGGUGCACGCCGUGCUGCUCUACCGCGGCCUGGACGGAGAAUACUGCUUCUUUGACAGCAACUUUGCCACCGCCCCGACCCCCGAGGUGAUGGCGGCCGUGACCCGCUCCGGCACGAGUCGCGUUCACUACCUUCUCGAGCGGCCCGGCAUCCAGGGCGUGGGCGUCGCCACGUGCCAGUACUACUGCCUGGCCCUCAUGAGCUUCAUCGUGCAGCACCCAAACCUGCCCACCAGCUGGCUCAUCAGGGAGUUUGUCGAGGCCAUGCAGCCACAGCGGGACGGGAAGGCGGUGCGUCUCAGCCGGGAGAUUUUUCGAGAGGCGGGCAUCGUCACGGACUUUGAGAGCGCCGGCACGCGCGUGCAUGGGAGCUACCAACCUGCCAGCAGGCCUUACGCUGUGCAUGGACGCUGCCAGCCUACCACCGUGCAUGUGCGCUACCAGUCUACCACCGUGCCUGAGCCCGUGCAUGGGCGCUACCAGCCUGCCAGCGUCAGGAAGACGGAGCGUGACAGAAGGAGGACUAUGAAGAGGCAGCGCAUUUCAAACAGGUGCCUGAAGACGCAGGAACAGAUCGGGUCGCUGCUGACGCCCGUGAGUGGGCAGUGACAGCCAGCCAGCGUCGGGGAGCGAGAGCGCAGCAGGGGAGGUGCCGUACUGUGAACAGCUUCCUGAAGACACAGAAGCAGGCCGUCGAGUUCGGCU